AUCACUUUUGCCCCCCCUUUCUCAAGCCGGGGCCAAGUGGCCGGGUGGCCGAAUGAAUGAACGAGAGAGUGUCUGGAUGCAUUAUUUGCUACCACCUAUACUUACAACCCUCACUCACUGCUGGGAUGGAAUACCAAGUCAUUCCCCGACUCUUCACUGUUCAAUUACCGUCUUGACGAACUCAUCAUACCCGCCAGCAUCUGGUCUGGUCUGGUCUGGCUGGGUUGAGUCGAGGCGUCGUUGCCACUGUCACUGUCACUGUCGACUGUCGACUGUCACUUACUCACUGAAUUCACUUGUUUGUCGCUGUCGCCAUCUACCGUAUCGGUCCAUCCCAUCCACUUUUGUCCGCGCUGAUCCCUUUUGUUCCGCCUCUUCGGCCUCACAGCCAACACCACCUCUCCCGCUUCUGGCCUCCUGCCACCCCAUUCCAUCCGACAAUACCCCCCCCACUCCUUUCGAAUUGCCGUUGCAACACCCACCUUCGCUACCACCGCCAUCACCAACGACAACGGCGGCCACCUUUGACGCUCCAAGUCGACUGUCGGGCCCGAGUCCCAUCCUACCCGUUCCUGUCUGUGGUUUCACGCCCGUCGGCGCAGCGUCCUCCCCUGCCCUGCCCUGUCCUGCCCCUGUGCUCAAUUCCCUGCGUCUAAGUUUCGAGUCCCAAUUCCCAGUUCAGAAUCGAUCCUGUCUCUUAUCAUUUCUGAUAAGUCGACCGUGUCCCGUGUUACUCGACAAUCGCUAGCUAGUCGUCCUCCCCGCCUUAAUCCUCAACUGGAGACUCGCACUCGUCUCCUUGUCUUCCAUAUGACGUUUUUGCCCUUGGGACCAGUCAUUUCGAGCUUGGAGACUACAACCCUGGAGCCUUGACCGGUGUUCCCGCGUGUCGAAUCCUUCAUCUAUCGGCAGCGUUUGAGACUUGCGACGUAACUGUACGACGAGGAGAAACAGAAACUAUGGAUGACUACCUAGAUGGCUCGGUGGACGGAGACGAUAUUUUCCCAUGUAAAGGAUGUGGUGAGGUAAGUAGCUGAGUCAUAAGCUACCCUGCAAUUGCAAUCCGCAGACUGAUCUAAACGUGAUGCAGAUAUUAGAAGAGGGCAAAGCC